AAUAAACCAUUAUGCGAUAACUAUAAUUAUAUUUUCGAAAUGUUUUCAAUAUCGUGAAACCAAUCUUAAACCAUCAAGCAGUAUAUGAACGGUUGCGAUAGAUAGGUUAUAUUAUCUCUCUUUGAAGAGAUGUCUCUUAAGAAUUCCGGUAUUUGUAUGAAUGGGUUCUUGAUAAUAUUGUCGAUAAAAAUUAUCUGUAAUGUUUCGUAGACCAAUCAGAUUUUCGUCACAUGUACAAACAAAUACGAAAAAUUUCAGUUUGAAGAGUGAGCCAAGACUUGGCGUAACAAGUCGGGUAAAUGGUCUUGUUCUUCUAAAGGUGGAUUGUACAAAUUUUGAGAUUUCAGUGUUGUUGUGGUUUAUUCUUCAUCAUGAUGGAGGAAUAUUUGUGUGAUGAGCCUUCGGAGACUAGCAGGUUGCAGCAGCCGGUUAAGCUCCAUCCUUCGUGGGAGGAGAAUAACCUGCCGGAGGAUGAACUCAACUUCAAGAACCUCACAAUGGACCAAGCCAGUUUGGAAGUACACGAACCAAAAGACAGAUGGAAUCUCAUAUAUAUCGUUUUCUUGGUGCACGGUAUUGGCACCUUAACGCCUUGGAAUAUGUUUAUCACUGCCAAUAAAUACUUUACAACAUACAAACUUUCGGAGUCCUACAUCGGCUAUGUAUUCCCCUAUGUAUCUAAUUUUAUACAAAUACUGACGUUUUGUUCUCAAGUUCCUAACGUUGCAUUUAAUUGGCUGAAUAUCUUCAUCCGAAUUGGGGGUGGAGAAUUAACUACAAGAAUUGUGUAUAGUAUAGGCACCGUUGUUGUGUGCUUCUUAGUGACUGUGUUUUUAGCCAUGAUUGAUACUGCCACAUGGCCAGAAACAUUUUUUUGGAUUACUAUGAUCUGCGUUAUAGUAUUAAAUAUGGCCAAUGGUGUUUACCAAAACACGGUGUUUGGCAUGGCUGCUAAACUGCCUGGAAAAUACACAGGUGCUAUUAUCUUAGGCAAUAAUAUAAGUGGGACUUUUGUCUCAUUGAUUUCCAUGCUUACAACAUAUGUAUCGAAUGAUCAACGUAUGGCUGCCAUUUAUUACUUCAUAACGGCCUUAUUCGUAUUAUUCAUAUGUUUUGACACCUAUUUUGCCUUACCUCUUAAUAGAUACUAUAGACAUCACGACUUGAAAGCUAAAAAGUUAACCUUAGAAAAACGAGAUACAGAUGGAGCUCCUGAGAGUAUUCCUUACAUGCAAAUCAUCAAAAAGAGUAGAGUUCAACUAUAUAAUGUUUUUUGCGUUCUUUUUGUUACUCUUGCUGUAUUUCCUUCGAUACAAGGAAGCGUUGAACCGAGUGAUCCAAACUUUUUCCUGAAACAGCCAUAUUUCACACAAGUAACCUGUUAUUUCACUUUUAACAUUUUUGCAAUGUUUGGAAGUCUUGUUGCUACUAUGAUACAGUGGCCAAAACCAAAAUAUCUUUGGAUUCCCGUCACACUUAGGUUGUUAUAUAUCCCUUACUACUUAUUCACAAAUUACCAAGUUGAAGAAAAAAUUAGGGUAUUACCUGUGUAUUUCACAAACGAUUAUAUAUACUGGAUUAUUUCAAUGACAUUUGCCUUCAGUUCUGGAUAUCUUUCAUCUUUAGCCAUGAUGUUCACACCACAGUCUGCUGAACCCAAAUAUGCUUCAACGGCAGGUAUGCUUGGUGGUGCCUUCCUGAUAUCCGGCAUAUUCACAGGAAUUUUGGUAACCUUCAUAUGGCCUUGGGCUGUAACCCACAUUGGCUACUAGCCAAAGUGUUUGGCGUACGAUACGGAAACAGAGUUAAUCAUAAGGUUUUAGUUGUUUCCUGCCGUAUGCCUUUUAAGACUUUAUUUCAACAAAAUGUUAUGAACUAGUUUUUUACAAAGUGUUAUUUAACAAUCAUGGUUCUUCCAUUUUAUGAAGAAUUCAAUAAAUAUAGAUAAAAGAAUGUAUG